CAGAGCGCGAGACUCCUCGUACCAGCGCAAGCGACUCUCGCGCCACGUAGAGUCGUUUCUCGAGAGCCUUGACUGAGCACAUCUGACGAGAACCAGAAGAUCACACUGAGAAAGAACACUAAAUUGUCUGUUUUGCCCAACAAAAACACUUAGAGACAGAAUGUUCCGAGCUUGAAGAUGGAUAUGACCUCCUGCUCUGAGACAAAGGACCUCGGACCAUUCAGUUUAUGGAGUUUUAGUGGUAGUUUUGUCAGUUAUAAACUACAGGUGAUCCGGACGAGUCCAGAUUCCAGGAUCGUCUCUGAAAAUACACAACCCUCUCUGAGCCAUGCUGUCUCCCAUGUAUGCAGACAGCUCUGUCAUCAUGGAGAGAGUGCCCCCCUUGCGGAAGGGAGGGAGAGUGCAACCUCAAGGCCACAAACUGCGCUCUCAUCCUCCCACCAGCGGGAGCAGUGUUUGUGCCAACCCGACCUACUAUCAUACUGUGUAUGACAUGAGUGAUGCAGCAUGCCAUGACUACAGCAAAGCCAAUGGAGUGGAAACCGUAGUGAUAGAUGGGACACUUUACUCUUUGAUGCCCAGUGAAUCUCUGGUUCCUCCUAUCAGAAGGAGAGGAGGCCUAGUUGACCACCGUGAUGUCAUCAAAGCACACCAAUCCCAUAAAUUGCAGAGCACUCCACAGGCCCGGCGAAAACAAUGGGAAAUGGCUCGGUUCGGAGACGAAGUGCCGGGCAGGUAUGGCGGUGGGGGCUCCGGUCAGGGGGGACCCGGCCGCGGCGGCAGCAGGCAGGGCGGCCCGCCAGGGGCCCAAAGGAUGUAUAAGCAAUCGAUGGCCCAGAGAGCCCGGACCAUGGCCCUCUAUAACCCGAUCCCGGUCCGACAGAACUGCCUGACGGUCAACCGCUCUCUGUUUCUCUUCAGUGAAGACAACGUAGUGAGAAAAUAUGCCAAAAAGAUCACCGAAUGGCCUCCAUUUGAGUGGAUGAUUCUGACCACCAUCAUUGCCAACUGCAUCGUACUGGCUCUUGAACAACACUUACCAGAUGGAGACAAAACUCCACUGUCAGAACGACUGGAAGAUACAGAGCCCUAUUUCAUUGCAAUUUUCUGCUUCGAGUCGGGCAUUAAGAUUCUUGCACUGGGAUUUGCCUUUCACAAGGGAUCCUACCUGAGAAACGGCUGGAACGUGAUGGACUUUGUAGUGGUGCUCACUGGUAUCCUGUCGUCCGUGGGGUCAGAAUUAGACCUGAGGACAUUGCGAGCAGUCAGAGUGUUGCGGCCGCUAAAACUGGUGUCAGGAAUUCCAAGCCUGCAGGUGGUGCUGAAGUCUAUUAUGAAGGCUAUGAUUCCACUACUGCAAAUCGGUGUGCUCUUAUUUGUGGCCAUCCUUAUGUUCGCCAUCAUUGGCCUGGAGUUCUACAUGGGCAAAUUCCACCGCACCUGCUUCGACAUUAUCACAGGUGAGAUGGUUGAUGAACAGCCCUGUGGUGCGGAAUUUCCCGCUCGAGAGUGUCAGAAUGGGUCGGUGUGUGAUGAAUACUGGCUCGGGCCAAACUAUGGCAUCACACAGUUCGACAACGUCCUUUUUGCCGUGCUCACUGUUUUCCAGUGCAUCACCAUGGAGGGUUGGACUGACAUGCUUUAUUACAGCAAUGAUGCCUUAGGGAGUGCCUGGAACUGGAUGUACUAUGUUCCUCUCAUCAUCAUCGGAUCCUUCUUCAUGCUUAAUCUGGUGUUGGGUGUCCUCUCAGGAGAGUUUGCCAAAGAAAGAGAGCGUGUGGAGAACAGGAGUGAGUUCCUCAAGCUCAAACGUCAGCAGCAGAUUGAGAGAGAGCUCAAUGGAUAUCUGGAGUGGAUCUGUAAAGCAGAAGAAGUCAUACUCGCAGAGGACGACGAUGGCACCGGAUCUCGUCGCAGACCCACCAUAAAGAAAAACAAAGCGGACCUGUUAAAUCCAGAAGAAGGAGAGGACCACAUGGGAGACGCAGUUGGCUCACCUUUUGCUCGUGGGAGCAUAAAGAGCGGAAAGGGAGAUGGGACCGCAUUUAGCAAGAAAGAGCGACGUCUUCGCUUCUUCAUUCGAAAGAUUGUAAAGACUCAGGCGUUCUACUGGACUGUCCUCAGCCUGGUGGGACUCAACACACUGUGCGUGGCUGUGGUACACUACGAUCAGCCCGAACUACUGUCGGACUUCCUCUAUUAUGCUGAGUUCAUUUUCCUAGGCCUCUUUAUGUCAGAGAUGCUGAUUAAGAUGUACGGACUGGGGACGCGCCCUUAUUUCCACUCCUCUUUCAACUGUUUCGACUGUGCCGUCAUCGUUGGCAGCAUAUUUGAGGUGGUCUGGGCCAUGGUCAAGCCAGGGACGUCCUUUGGAAUCAGUGUGUUACGAGCUCUCCGACUGCUUAGGAUCUUCAAAGUCACCAAAUACUGGGCAUCUUUGCGUAAUCUAGUAGUGUCACUUCUGAGCUCCAUGAAGUCCAUUAUCAGUUUACUUUUCCUUCUCUUCCUCUUCAUCGUGGUCUUUGCUCUUCUCGGGAUGCAGCUGUUCGGUGGACAGUUUAACUUUGAGCAAGGCACUCCUCCCACAAACUUUGAUACUUUCCCUGCUGCCAUUAUGACAGUGUUUCAGAUUCUAACUGGAGAGGAUUGGAACGUAGUGAUGUAUGAUGGCAUUAAGUCUCAGGGAGGGGUGGACAAAGGAAUGAUCUUCUCCGUAUUCUUCAUUGUCCUUACACUCUUUGGCAACUACACACUACUGAAUGUAUUCUUGGCUAUCGCUGUGGACAACUUGGCCAACGCUCAGGAACUAACUAAGGAUGAACAGGAAGAAGAGGAGGCCACAUCACAAAAGAUUGCUCUCCAGAAAGCGAAAGAAGUGGCGGAAGUGAGCCCAAUGUCUGCUGCCAACCUUUCUAUUGCUGCUAAAGAGCAACAGAAGAACUCAAAAGGUUCCAAGUCAGUGUGGGAGCAGCGCACAAGUGAGAUCCGCAGACAGAACCUGAUGACCAGCAGAGAGGCGCUUUACAAUGAACUUGAUGCAGAAGAUCACUGGAAGAUGAACUACCACAACCGUCCUGACAUGAAGACCCACUUGGACCGCCCACUUGUAGUUAAUCCUCAGGAGAACCGCAACAACAAUACCAACAAACCCCGACCGGGUGAACCAAACCCCCAGGAGCUAAACCAGCAGCGGGGUGAAGAAUACCUGCAGCACCAGUCCCGAUACCACCACCAUCACAGUCAUCAUCAUCAUCAUCACCAUCACCACCACUCCAGCCGUCAGUCCCUACACCACCCAGAGCUGGGGGAGGCAGGCUGUGAUUGUGCCCAGAGAGGAGGCGAGGACAUGGAGGGCGCAGGGGAGCACAGGCGACCCCGACACCACCAGCACAGAAGAAGGGAUGAAGAUGGAGGGAGAAGACACAGAGAACACCAUAGCAGAGGAGAGACAGGAGGAGAAGGGGAGGAGGGCCAAGAGAAGAGGCAGAGGAGGCAUCGCCAUGGAAACCAUGGGGAUGGAGAUGGAAGGAGGGAUAGGGAACGGAGUCGACAGCAUAGAGCUAGAAAAGAGGGUAGCUUAUCAAUGGCUCGUCCAAUUCAGCCAGGUCUUCCUCAUGCAGAAAGCCAGUACAGCGAGGAUCUGGACAACCUGCGCAAUAGCAGCAAGAUGGCCAUCCACGACCCUGACCCUGACUUUUAUGACCCCUACUGUGACCCAGAGCAGGCCAAUAACCUGCUGAACCUGCGUGGACCAGAUUUCCAUGACAGCAGUCUUAUACUGACAGACUGCACCAAAACCCCCAGUAAACAUGACCACACUGCCAUAGAUAUGCCUCCGAUUUACCCCUCAUUCAACGCCAAGUUACAAGUGAACAAGAAUGCCAACACAGAGCCAGCUAAAGAAGGAGAGAAGAAAGAAGAGGAGGAAGACGAUGGUGGCGAUGAAGAUGGCCCCAAACCCAUUCCCCCAUUCAGUUCCUGUUUCAUCCUAUCCACGACCAACCCGUUCCGAAGAUGUUGUCAUUACAUCCUGACGCUACGUUAUUUCGAGAUGUGUAUUCUGUCAGUCAUCGCUAUGAGCAGCAUUGCUUUAGCUGCGGAAGAUCCGGUGUGGCCGGAAUCACCUCGAAACAACGUAUUGCGUUACUUUGACUACGUCUUCACUGGUGUCUUCACCUUUGAGAUGCUCAUCAAGAUGGUGGUGUUAGGCUUGGUUUUGCAUGAGGGCUCAUAUUUUCGUGACCUAUGGAACUUUCUGGACUUUGUAGUGGUUAGUGGUGCCCUGGUAGCCUUUGCCUUCACGGGGAGCAGUAAGGGGAAAGACAUCAGUGUCAUCAAGUCUCUGAGGGUUCUAAGGGUGCUACGUCCUCUGAAGACCAUCAAACGUCUUCCCAAACUAAAAGCGGUGUUUGACUGUGUAGUGAACUCUCUGAAGAACGUGUUGAACAUCCUCAUUGUCUACAUGCUGUUCAUGUUCAUCUUUGCUGUGGUGGCCGUGCAGCUCUUUAAGGGACGAUUCUUCUACUGCACCGAUGAGUCCAAAGAGUUUGCCCGUGACUGCAGGGGCGAGUAUUUGGUGUACGAGCGCGAUAACGAGGUCAAAUCGCAGAAGCGGGAGUGGAAGAAGUACGAUUUCCACUACGACAACGUGCUUUGGGCCCUGCUUACUCUCUUUACUGUGUCCACCGGAGAGGGAUGGCCGCAGGUGUUGAAGCACUCUGUGGACUCUACCUAUGAGGACCAGGGCCCGAGCCCGGGGUACCGGAUGGAAAUGUCCAUCUUUUACGUGGUGUACUUCGUUGUCUUCCCCUUCUUCUUCGUAAACAUCUUUGUAGCUCUCAUCAUCAUCACUUUCCAGGAGCAAGGAGACAAGAAAAAUGAUGAAUAAAUACACCAAAAAAAAGAACGAGCCUGUAUUGAUUUUGCUAUAAAUGCCAAACCUCUAACGCGCCACAUGCCUCAGAACAAGCAAAGCUUUCAAUACCGAAUGUGGCAGUUUGUGGUGUCACCUCCAUUUGAGUACAGUAUCAUGGCUCUCAUUGCGCUCAACACCAUCGUCCUUAUGAUGAAGUACCAUGGGGCCCCUCUGACGUAUGAUGCAGUUCUGAAGAACCUGAAUAUAGUGUUCACCACACUGUUCUUCAUGGAGUGUGUUCUGAAAAUCAUUGCAUUUGGUGUCCGAAAUUACUUCCGAGACGCUUGGAAUAUUUUUGAUUUUGUUUCCGUUAUCGGCAGCAUCACUGAUAUUUUAGUGACAGAGCUUUGGGAUAACUUCAUAAACCUGAGUUUUCUGAGACUCUUCCGAGCAGCACGUCUGAUUAAGCUCUUGAGGCAGGGCGAGACCAUUCGCAUUCUACUUUGGACCUUUGUUCAAUCUUUUAAGGCUCUGCCGUAUGUGUGCCUGCUCAUUGCAAUUCUGUUCUUCAUCUAUGCCAUCAUUGGCAUGCAGUUGUUUGGGAACUUGGCGCUGGAGGAAGAUAGUGCGAUCAAUGAACACAAUAACUUCAGAACCUUCAUUAUGGCCCUGAUGCUACUCUUCAGGAGUGCCACAGGUGAGGCAUGGCAUGAGAUCAUGCUGGCGUGUCUCGGAGGAAUGGAGUGUGAUGAUAACUCUGGGAACGAGGGGCCAGAGUGCGGCAGCAACUUUGCUUAUGCCUACUUUGUCUCUUUCAUCUUCCUCUGUUCUUUCCUGAUGCUGAAUCUCUUUGUCGCUGUCAUCAUGGAUAACUUUGAGUACCUGACCAGGGAUUCCUCCAUUCUGGGUCCACAUCAUUUGGAUGAGUAUGUCAGGAUUUGGGCAGAGUACGACCCAGCAGCCUGCGGGCGCAUUCAUUAUAAGGAUAUGUACAGUUUAUUGCGGGUUAUCGACCCCCCACUGGGCUUAGGCAAGAAAUGUCCUCAUAGGGUGGCCUGCAAGAGACUGCUACGCAUGGACCUACCUGUUGCAGAUGACAACACAGUGCAUUUCAACUCCACCCUGAUGGCUUUGAUACGAACAGCUCUGGACAUCAAAAUCGCUAAGGGAGGCGCAGACAAACACCAGAUGGACGCGGAGCUCCGUAAGGAAAUGAUGGCGAUUUGGCCAAAUCUCUCCCAGAAGAACCUGGAUCUGCUGGUAACACCACACAAGUCGACAGACCUGACAGUGGGCAAAAUCUACGCCGCCAUGAUGAUCAUGGAGUACUACCGGCAGAGCAAGGCCAAAAAGCUGCAGGCGCUUCGUGAGGAGCAGAACCGAACGCCAUUAAUGUUUCAGCGCUUGGAGCCAUCCCCGAACCAGGAAGGGGGACAGGGGGUGAACGGUCUCCCCGAGCUGCCGCAGGAACCUGUCAACAGCCUGCCUCUGGAGGGUGGAAUGAUCGAGAGCCAGUCAUGGGUGACGUCACGAGCCCAGGAAAUGUUCCAGAAGUCUGUUCCGGAAAACUGGAACCCUGACAGACCAUAUCCUGAAGACCAUCCCAACAGCCGCCACAAUCCACAGACGGUAGAAAUGAGAGAGAUUGGGCCUGUUGGGGACGGUUACUCGGACACUGAGCCCUAUCACCCAAUGGAAGGGCAUGGGCGGACCAUCUCCAUGCCACACCUCUCAGCAGACAACCAACGACGGAGACACAGGCCGCGAGGAAGUAACCUCAGUACCAUCACAGACACAAGUCCGAUGCGCCGUUCUACGUCCUCAUUGGUCCACGGACGUUCAGGUCGAAGCGUGCGAUUGGACGAUUACUCUUUGGAACGGGUGGUGUCAGAAGAGGGACACCGACACGUUCCGCGAAGAGAGAACGAGAUCGAGACCGGGAGAGACCGCAGUCACCGCACCUCAGAAAGAUCCCUCGCUCGCUAUACAGACGCUGACACAGGUCUGGGCACGGAUCUUAGCACCACUACACAGUCAGGUGACCUCCCACCUAAAGAGAGAGAACGAGAACGGGGUCGUGCAAAAGAUCGUCGCCACCACCAUCAUCAUCAUCACCACCACAGCUCGGUGGAUAAGGAGCGGUGCUGUCAUGAGCGUGACUACCACCGCCAUCCACAAGACAGAUCUGAUCGCCACUGGUCCCGCUCACCAAGUGAGGGGAGAGGGCAUAGACAGGGCAGUAGUUCUGUGAGUGGAAGCCCCGUUCCCUCGACGUCGGGGACCAGCACCCCCCGGCGUGGCCGUCGGCAGUUGCCCCAGACACCGUCUACACCGCGUCCUCAUGUCACCUACUCCCCUGCUGUCCGCAAGCCUCCAUACGGCUCCCCGGGCCAGGGUAGACUCUGUUCACCUUCCCCGCGACACUUCUCUCCGUCAGGUCACGAACCGCCCUACCAUCCUCCACCCUCCCGCCACGCCUCGCCCCAUCACGGCUCACCCCGGCAUGCCUCCCCACGCUCCCCCAGGCAGGCAUCACCCAGAUCCCCACGUCACAGUCGCUGGUGUCCGCCGCCUGACGGCCUGGAAGGUGACGGACUUUUCUACGAUCGGGACUAUGAGUAUGAGCGGCACCAUGAGCCACCUGCCUAUGAGCAGAGUCUAUCACAGGGCAACCCCCACCCUCAUUCACACCCAAGGACUGCUCUUCACGGGCCUCCCUCGCACCCACGCCGUAUGCCUAAUGGCUACCGUUCCUCCUCGCCCUCCCCGCACCGGCGCGGCCCCCACCCAGGCCCACACCGGCCACCCCAUGGCCGUGGGCCCCGGAAGGGGUUGCACGAACAAUAUAGCGAGACGGACGAGGAUGAUUGGUGUUAGUGUGCAUGGUGACCAGGAGGGGGCGCCACUGGACUUAAACCAAGAUGUUUAUGCACAGCAGCAGGGAGAGAGGGGGGCAGAAGGGGAAACGCAAACAGAGCGAAUGGGCCAUUGUGAGACUCUGAACAUUGGAGCAGCACAUACAGCUCCCCUACUCCCUCUCUCUCUAAUGCUUUCUCCUGCUCUCUGGACUACAUUUCCCAUGCUGCUCAGCACGCAAGGGAAUGGGAGCAUAUGAGCAACAAAUGGAGUGGUUGCGUUUAGAUGGACUGAACUUUAAAGAUCAGAGAGAUUGUGUUUAAAUGCUCCAAUCCCGACUGAGCAAGACAGAUUGCUUCUUGCCUGAUGGAAAAAAUGAGGAGCAACAUCCUGUCAAUCAAAAAAAAAGGAAUUUUGAAAAUGAAGCCAGAACCCAUUUUCCCCCUCACAUCUAUGCCUCUUAAAAAGACCCAAAAAGUAAAAAGGGAUAGGAAAAAAUAGACAUUGUUGAAGAAAAAGUAAGUGCUCUUGUGAACGAGAGCUCUACCUACUGCAAAACCAGCCCCAUGUGCUGGCCAAUAUUGAUGAGUUUUAUCAUCUGCGUUUACUGUUACCAACUCAAGAUGCUGAGUAACCUCAUCACCUGGGGGAGGGGUUUACCAUCAAAGAGGCGUGGCAUAUGAAAGGACUCAGUGCAGGCAUGAGGUGGCGGGUGGGCGUGGCACACUGAAACCCCACCCACAAACUGCCACUCAGUCCUGACAAGGAUAAGACAGCCAGAAAAGAAUGAAAUGGCAGAUGAGGGAGGGACCGAAAGACUAUUUCCUCUUCAGAAUGUCUUCAAUUGAUUAUUUCUUCUUUUUGAACAUUUGGAGCUUGGUUAUUCUGUUGCAUUUGCUCAGCUUUCUUUGAUAUUUUUGGACUAAAAUCUGAUGGAAACUUGCAUGAUUGAUUUAAAAAAUAUAUAAAUAUAUAUAAAUACAUAUAACAGAGAAAAUUUACUGUGGGAAGGGGGGGUGAUAGCUCUUUUUUUUCUGUUCAGUUGGAAGUUCUUUCUCUCGUUUUCUCCCUGUUGCUCUUGCCAUGUCUACAGAUCUUUAUGUGCAGAUGGAGUUUAUAGAAGGUGUUUUCUAUGUUAUAUCCAUCUGAGGAUCCCAGAUGAUGUUCUGCACUGUUUAUUAUUACUUUGGAUUGCACUAAAAACGAGCCUGAAUGGUGAAACCUCCCUCAUUACGGCUCUGUCGGCCAAGGCUGCAAACAGAGAGAGAAACGGGGUGAGAGACGUUCUCCUUUCUGAAGGCUUCAUUUGCUAUUGUCAAUAACAAUAGUUUUGUAAUGGAAACUAUCUUAAUGCAAUUGAUGACGAUGGUGGUGAUGCUGAUGAAGAUAGAGGUGGUCAUGUGACUUUGUUGUCUUGUCUUCGAAAGUUUUGUCUGUUGUGGCCAUCUUGUUUCGAACUCUUUGUGUUUAUUUUUGUUCUGUUCACCACAGACUGAAGUCUAUAAGGAUGCGCUCCUGGUAGCAUCCUGACGUUUACGUACUUGUGACCUCAGCUGAGUAGAAUAUUCCUAUCUGUAGUGAAUAGAUUGGGUCAGAGCUCAUGAAUGUUUCAAAAGAGAGAGUUGGAGCAUUCAGGAUACCCUCGGGCAGUUUUUGUGUCAGAGUUUUUCAGACAAAUUCAGGGUCCAUUCCAUAUUUAUUUCUCGACAGAAAAAGAUGGUCACACAACAGUGUGGUCUGAAGAAACCGUUUGAUUGAGGGUCAGUUUUAAACCCCUUGAAUUAUUUCACAGCUAAUGUAAAGUUUUUGGGCGAUGAAUGUUGUUGUUUACUCUUUGUCCAUGUUGUGGUGCUGUUGCACAGCUUAAGCAAGGCUAGACUAUGGAAAAACUAUCCCUUAUGAAAAUACGGUUGCAAGAGGGCGCUUGCAGAACUUUCGGUUUUGCAGAACUGUCCCCCCAAAAGGUGAUGUAGCAGGUCUGUCGAAGCUUGCCUUUGACUUUUUUUCCGACAGGAGUUUUUUGCGAAUUUUGACCUGGGUAGUCUUUGAUCAAGUAACUGGAAAAGAUUCUUCCACCCUGCCUUCCUGUUCCCUGCCAUGGACAGUUUGUAAUGUCUUUGGCUGCCUGCUCAAUCUGAGACCCUUCCCCCUUCUGCUCAGGAUACAACAAUACAGUCAAACAUAUAUCUCACAGGGGUGUAGAGUUGCGGCCUAUUCAGCCUCUCCUACUGUCACUGAACCCGUCCAGCUGACCCCCACCCAUCGGACUAUCUCAAAACAUCAGAAAAGACCAAAUGUUUAUGAAAUAUCCCAUUACUCUCCAAAGGAGAAUUUUAUUGUGCAAAAGUUACUCUUUUAUAGCUCAGGAGACUUGUGGAGCUCAGCAUGAACUCAAGUAUAAACUUUGUUUCAUGUGUUUCUCCUAAAUCCUUAGAAAAAAUCAAAAUAGACACAGAUGAGACAUUUGAUAAGAUGUGGUAUAAAUAUAUAGCUAUAAAAUUAACGUGGGUAGCGUAUCAUCUUUGAAAUCUUUGGCUUUUGAUUGCAGACGUCAGGUUAGCAAAUCACUGAGCCUAAUUGAACCUCUAGACGAGACAUGUGUGAGAUCUUUAUCUCAGGAGAAAAACUCCAAAAGUCUCCGUUUUAUCUCUAGGAGAUGUUAAAGGGAUCUGCUUUUUUGUCUAAUUUCUCCUCAAGCAGUCAUUAUAUGAAACCACAAGGAUUCGUCAGGUUUUCACUCUAAGCAGAUAAGAAUAUCUCAGAAUAACUCACUGCAUUCAACCUAUUGUGAAGUCAGUUGGGCGGUUCUGUAUUUUCUCCUUUUCUUACCUUACCUUCAUUCUGUCCCAGAGUCAUAUGAAAUCCACACUACUUGUUUUCUUGAAAACGGUUUGAAUAGUAUAAUUUCAUUUGAUUCCUUUUCCUUGCCAACCCAUAUCCAAGACUUUUAGGGAGGAAACCACUGUUUUCUGGGUGUUUGUUGAUGUUCAGCCCACAUUUACCUACAGCUGGCCCCCAGUUAGCCCCGGUUUGAUGCCCAUGGGUCUAGAUGAACCUGCAGAGCCACAGUGCCUUCUGUUCUAGUGUCGCACACUAACCCUUCCCCUGCCUCUCUUCCCUCUCCCCUCUAUCUCUCUCUUAAUGUGAUGGACUCACACUACGCCUUAACAAGUCCCCAUGUCUGCGCAGUCUGCUGGGCUUUUUAAAGACAGGGAGGCACGGUUAUAUGAUGGGGGAAGAUCCCAGUUACUCUGAGAGUAAUGACGGGAAAUGACAACCAAGUUCUGUCAGGGUGUCCAUCUCGGCUCUCUGUCUCUCUUAGCAAUGCUUCCUCAAGUGGAUGGCAGCCAUUUUUUUUAUUUGUCUCACCCUGCUCGUUCAGAGAGUUGCAUCGAACACCAGAGGGAUUGUUCUACUUCUCAGGUCUUUAGCAAAAGGACAGGAAGGCUUAUUUUUGUCAGGCAUGAAGGUUUGUUAGACCUUUUGCAUGGUUAAUAUAAUUCUCAUUUAGAAGUUCUCUUGGUCUUGUAUUCUUUUGCCGAAAACAAAUUUGCUCCAUUUUAGCUUAAAAUGUGGACAGAUAGAAUAUUAAUACGGUUUGAUUUGUAUUAAUAAAAAAAAGAGAUAGCAGAAGGUUGUGGUUUUUAAAGGAACAGUUCACCCAGAAAAAGGAAAAUCCUGUCAUCAUUUACUCACAUCUCAUUCUAAACUAUAAUGAUAUUCUUUCUUCUGUAGAAUAGAAAAGGAGAGAUGUUAAAGAAUUAUUCUAGUUGCUCUUUUCAGUGCAGUUAAAAUGAAUAAGGAUUGAGGCUUUUAAGCUUUGAAAAGGACACAAAAGCACCAUAUAAAAGUCAUGCUUUUGAAUAAAGAUUAAAAGGACACCUGAAUUUAAAAAAAAUGAUGUGCAUGGAUAAAUCAUUUAUAAUAAACAUUGCACUAUUCCAAAGUUUUAUUACAGAAUAAAUCAGGUCAUCUUGGUUAAGAUAAAUGAAUAAAUGAGGGUGAAUAAAUGAAUAAAUCAAGAAUUUCCAGUGUUGGGUGCGCUGUCCCUUUAAGAGUUUACGAAUAUAAUUAAGAUGUCAUUCUUUGGCUCUGCUUGUUCAUCAGUUUAGUUCUGACCCUCUUUUGCUCUCAGUGUCAAUGCCUUUAUUGCUUUCUGUUUUUGACUCGCAUCUUCAUUUUCUGUCCUAAAAGAAAGUCAUUUUCAGUUUGCAUCAUCGUAGAUCCACAACACACUUGCAUUUGAGCAUGUGUUGUUUGUUUCGUAUCGUCGUAGUGGAACAAAGCUGUAUUUUCUUUCUGUUUCAUAUGAAAUAAGGGCUUUCCUUCAAUGGUUGAGUGCUGCCAAAACAAGUCACCCUCUAUGUAGCUACACCACUUCCUGUGGUCUCCCUUUGUACAGAACAGAAUUACAUGUGUGUGCAUGCUAAUGUGUGGGGGAACUGGAGAAAAGGGAAGGGGGUGAUUGGUAAUGUAGUUUUUUUCCCUGUAUGUAUGAGAGCGAGAACUUGAGGCACAGCUGUGGCCAGCACAAGCAAUGUGCAUGCCAAAAAAAAAAAAAUCUUGUCAAAGGGAUUCAAAUGAUAUUGUGCAUCUAUGGUAAUUUAGUGCUGGGUUUGCCAAUCCAUUUCUGCUCAGCAUUUACCAUGGCAUACUCCAUUAUCAUCCUCAUCUGAUCCAAAUCCAAGAUCGGAUAUGAAUCCAUCGCCACUUUUUCCAGAAGAUUGGAGGGUUGGGUUCAUCCAUGUGACAGUGGGACGGUCGUCUGUGAGUGUGUUAGUGUGUGUGUUCGUGUGACUGCAAGCUGAUUUGAAGGCAAGUCGUUUUAUAGUGCCUUAAAUGAACAGUUUCCCAUCACCGUUACACAACCGUAGAUACGAAGCCAUGGCGAAAGCGAAGAGGGUCCUCUUGUUUGUACCUCGACUGUCUGUCCAUGUCUAUCUAAGUUGUUUUGUUGGGCCUAUCAAUCUUUCUCUUCUGUAACUCUUGUAUAUCUCAUUCAUAAACUUCCUGCAACACUCUGUGUUUUCAUCCUCUUUCUUCAGCAUUGCCAUAAUCCUUUCCAUUUCAUUUCCUCCUGUUCUUUAUGCAUGUCAUGGUUUCUUCAUUCAAACACAUUGCUGAUUCAAUAUUGAGCUUAUAUUGAUAAUUAAUACUGAAGAAAUAUCAUUUUCAUAUAAAUGUGUUAAUAGUAAUGCUCAUAGUAACAGUAACUAAAAGAUAAUUAUUACAUAGUCAUAAUUAUAAUAACAUAACAUAAUUAUUACACAAUUAAAGGAGCUGAGAGCACAAUUAAAUGUCAUCAUUUACUGUUGUGCCAUUCCAAACCUGCAUGACUUUCUUUCUUCUGUGGAGCACAAAAGAAGAUAUUUCAUAACAAUAUCAGUAUUUCUAGUGUGUACAAUGAUAGUCAGUGGGGUCCAAUGUUGCUGUUUUCUGCAAAAUAUCUUUUUUCUGCAAAUGAAAGAAAGUCAUACGAUAUUAGGGUGAGUUGAUGACAGUUUUCGGUUUUAAGUGAAAGAUCCUUUUAAGUGCACAAAUGCCAGAAUAGAUGCUUUGCUAUCAACUAAAAAAAAAAAAAAAAAACAUGUAGAAUUAAAAGAGAGAAAACAAUAGAUUUCACUUGAAAGAGAAACUAAUGUUGCGGUUCUGGAUAACAAGACAGGAAGUGCGUUUUCAGCCUCGUCAGCAGGAGUGGGUUUCUUCACAAGCACUCGUAUGUGUUGAAGGGGAAAUAAGCGUGUGGUGUGAAUGUGUGAGUAUGAGGGGAGUUCCUGCGAGCGUGUAACCACUGUCACCGUGACACCCACAAACCCGUCCCAUCUCUACUUAAUCACCCAUAUCCCACCCGCCAUCCAGAUUACUAUUGACCUGAAUCAUUUAAAAGCAAAAGAGGAAGUUUAAAGAGAAAAAAAGACCAUGAUAAAGAGAGGUAUUUAAUUACUGAUUUGCAUGUGCAACGUGCAUGCCACUAUGUGGGUUAACAAGUCAACUUCAGGAAUUAUAAAAUAUAAAAAGAAAUAUAAAGAAAAAGAGUAUAUAUGUAUAAAUAUAUAAAUAUAGUUAGAUGUUUUUAUGAGCAAUGUGUUCCUUUUUUCUUCUAUUUUUAAAAAUGAAAAAGACAAAAAAGAGGGGAAAAAAUUAUAUUAAUACAGGGAACAUGAUAAAACUCAGAAUGUUUGUUUGUUUCUAUUGCCAACUGUUCUCUGAGAAUCGUGGGUAAGGUGAGCACACAACAUGCUGUGGAAAUGUAUUACAGAAUUUAAAAAAAAGCAAAAAAAAGAAAGAAAUUCUAAGUAUGAGGGACUGCACAUCACUCUGAUUUAAGAAGAAAUCCAAAACCCUUUUGCUGAUGUUGAGCUCUGAAAGAGGCUGCCUGAACCUGGUGAUGUUACACAUUAAUUCUGGCUAUGAAAAAUCCCCCUUUUUUCUCUCUCUUCCUCUGUCUCUCUAUCUCUCUGAUAUUUCUACCAGUGCAUUUUGUAAUUCCGAACAGAACUCUUCCUAAAGAACCUGAAUAAAAACCAGAGAGAAUGCAUUCUAAA